AUGGGCAAGCGGUUGAAUGCUCACAUUGAGUGGUUAGAUUCUGCUGGAUAUUCUCCUUAUGUCUGGCUUCGUGGAGAUUGGCAUCAGCCGUUACACCUCUUGUCAAAGUUGCUGGCCGAUGAACUAAACAAAAGACGACCGUCGAAUUCCACCGAUGACGUCACAUUUAAGAUUGGAUUCAAUACGAUGCUUCAGCUUGCAGAAGAAAUGCUCGGUGUUCCUUGCCUUAUCACCGAAAAAGACCUGAUGAUUCAUUACCCAAACAUAAUGCUUGCCAUGCUUGUGUACCUCAUUUGCGUUAAGCACUCAGUGGACUUCGUUGAUAUAAAAUCUCUUCGUAGUACUGUGGCUCCGAAACUCGUGUUUGAGGCCAGAAAUGCUGGUGACGCUCAGCUUCCUAGGUGUGCAUCCUGUUCUGAACAUGUUUUUAUCAUUGAAAGAGUGGUCAUUGAAUCCUGUGUAUGGCAUAGGCAUUGUUUCAAAUGUGUUCAGUGCACUAAUAUGAUGAGGACUGGUGGUUUCAGGAAGGGUAAGAGGGGUUACGAAUGCGUCACUCACGCUGUUCGUCGUAUCCUUGGUGUUCCAGAAGAAAAGAGGAGCAUAAGACCUCAGAUUGCCCCACCAGAAGUACCUUCAGCUAAUUCAGUCACUGUAGAGUUAGGCUCUAAAAAAAACGCAUCGAAGAGUUCCGUACCACCUCCUAUCUCGCCGAAACCCAAAUUGGGGUCUUCUAAGCAGAAACCUUCACUACCUCCAAAACCUGCGAGCUUAUCGGUAUUCAAGGAACAACGAACAGCCGCUGUUAUCAAAGAUUUCAAGCCCGCUGAGCCGACAAGUGAUAACGAAAUUGUCUCAGUUGAAUCGGAGCAUUCCGGAGACUCUGGGAUUGUUAUAAGAGCGCAGAACGUACUCGUAGAUACCGAUGCCGAAGGCUAUGAGAUUGUCUCGGUACUGAUCCACCUUUCUCCACAUCGACCGAAGCGAGCCUCACUGAUGUUUACCAGUGCUCGAAUUGAACCAAAAUUUGCCACAGAAUCGGCUCUGUUAAGCGUUUCAACCGUUGCAGAGAAGUCAACAACUAUUCCACUCGACAGAGCAACGUGUAGCGAUCACAAUGAGUCAGGCCGUCAGUCUAUUUCGUCGUGGCUUCUAAUGGAGGACUCUACCGAUAGUUCAUAUAUAUUUACUGAUAGUGAUGAGGCGUUUAUUGGCGAAUCGAGAAACCCUUUUGCUGAUAGUGACGAUGACUGUAAAGCUCCGGCGGCACACACUUUUUCCGGAAUUCUGACACCUGUGUCUACACUUCCUGGUGAGUCCAAUCGUCCAAAGUGCACGCCACCUCCUCCUCCACCUAUAUCAAGUUCUUUUCCGAACAAGGCAAUCUUCGCUGAGAAUAAUGCUUUGGGAGGCACUAAUGAAAUCACAAAAAAGCUUGAAAAAUUAGAUGUUGAUCUGGAAAGGAUAAUGCGAGAAGGAAAGCAACUGGAAGUGGAGAUGCUAUUUCUAAUAACUCAAAAUCCUAGUGACUGGUUGAAAAUGCCAAGAACUGAGGAUUUCAUCGAAGUCAUGUGUAAAUUUUUAGACGUUCUUCGGGAAAGUACCAAAUUGCAGUUUAUAUGGCGUGAAACUUUCCUUAAUGAGAUGCAUUCCGAAACUGAAUACUUUCUUCGGCAGAUUACCUCCAAAAACACUCAGAGCGGUAAGCGCUGUAUCAUAUUUGUAUGA